GGGUCUUCUUCAGCUGUGUUGGGAAAAUAACCUCUUCUCCGACAGUUAGGAACAUGGCUUUACGGGAGCUCUCGUCGCUGGAGAAAUAUUUAGAGCUGAAAAAGCCGAACAAGUACAGUACUCAAGGGGAUAAAAAGGUACCUGUACUACAGAGUAAUAAUGGUGCUCCACAGGUGGGGCUGGUGACAAUCGCCUGUUACCUGGUGAAAGAGGCCAAGCGCUCGGAGCUGUUGGGCAACUCGGCUGAGAGCAGAGCUGUGGUGCAGCAGUGGCUGGAGUACAGAGUCACCAGGCUGAACGGCUGUGCAAAGGACGAUGUCAAGACCAUCCUGAAGGAACUCAACCUCUACCUGCAAGACAUAACAUACUUGGCUGGAAAACAGUUCACCUUAGCUGAUAUUCUCAUGUACUAUGGAAUCCAUCCCCUCAUAGUGGACUUGACCGUCCUGGAGAAGGAGCAGCAUGUGAACGUGACGCGGUGGUUCGACCACAUCCAGCAUUACCCCGGCAUCCGCCGCCACCUCCCUCCAGUAGCUGUGCUCAGGAACAGAAUUUACACCAGCGGGCACUGAGACCCGUGUACAGCCUCUCCUGUCCUGCAGACCACCAGACCAUCACCAUUGAUUUCCAAACAAUCCAAGAAUUAAUCGCAUCCGUGUCCCACAUGUUUAGGACAUUCACGUCAUGAUUCCUGCCUUUUUCUGCUCUUAUACCUGAACGCUGCCUGUUCUUCUCACUCAUUUAAAGGGCAUUCAAUCAGGGAAGAACUAAAACUGUAUUAACAGUUUAUUGUCUGAGGUACGACAGCUAUCAAGGGAAUUCUUGCUUAUUAAAACAUAUUUUAUUUCAUAUUCUUUAAAUGCUUUUUUUUUACAUAUAUAUAACAUUAGUUAAAAGAAGCAAAAAGGUUAUUUGUCAUUGUCACCUGAAAUAUUAAAAUACGCUAACACUAUUUAUAAGAGAGUUGUUGUCUUAACCUUUUUUCAGUAUUGUGGGAGCGAUGGCGACGAUAAGAAAGUUUCAUGGGUGUUUUUCUGUUGAAUAUUUGUACAACUGAGGUUGCUUGUUUGUGAUGGGGCUGUGCAGGUCAUGGUGAAGGGAAAAAAGCAAGUGAUACUAUUUAUAAAUGCAAUUUAAAACGUAAAUCUUGUUAAUCUGAGCCUUUAACAUGAUAGGAAAACUAGGAAGAUGUUAUCCGACUGGCAGUACAUUAUAGUAUGUGGUGUAUUAUCAUAACACUCAAAUAAAUGUGGUUGCUGGUUCAACAACCUCAUUACUUGCA